ACAGCUGGCAGUGGAGCUCGUCACCCAGAUGGCCAUUGCGGGAAAGGUGGUGCCUAAACCAGAGGAAGACAGCAAGACUGAGACCAAACUGCCAUGUUCACCUGGUGAAGUCAGAUGCUCCCGCAAAGUGAUUCUGAAACCUAAAUCUUAUUUCGGCGAGGCAUCUCUAAUCGGGGAGCUGGUUGGAGGUCUCAAGAUGGGCAACAUCAUCAUCGUCAAAGGAAAAUUCUGGCCGAACGCAAAACGCUGUUUCAUCAACCUUGAGGGUGAUGGUGACCUCCAAGCUUUCCACAUGGACAUUCGCUUAGACUAUUUUGGAAAUAAGAGAGUGUUUGUGCGAAACAGCAAGGUGUCUGGCAAAUGGGGCAGGGAGGAGCGCCAGCUGACCUCUUUCCCGUUUGUGCCCGAACAGUUUUUUGAGAUCCACAUCCGCUGUGAUGCCAAUUCCUUCCACGUGAUCCUCAACGGCGCCGUCCACCUGGACUACAAGUACCGAUCAGGCUUAGACGAGAUCAAGCGUGUGAGACUGCUUCGUGCCGCGAUGCAGACAGACGUCACCCUGAUGUGA